AUGGCAAGAGGAAAAGAAGAGGGAGAAAGAGGAGAAGUAAGAGGAAAAGUAGGUGAAAAAGGAGGAGAAAAGAGAAGUCACUCGAAAGAUCAAGACCAGUCAAUUUGCCCAGAGGUGAUGCCUCUUGAUUGGGAGGAAAAAGAAGGGAGGAGAAAAAGCAACAGGAGGAGAGAGGAGAAAGAGAAGGACGAGAAGGAGAAGAAGAAGGAGAAGGAGAAAAAUGAGGAAGAACAAGAACAAGAAGAAUAAGGAGGAGUAGCAAGAGGAGAAGGAGGAGAAACAACGAAUGAGAGGGAGAUGGAGAAAGAGGAGGAUAAGAAGCAAGAGGAAAUGCAGGAGAAAAAGGAGGGAGAGAUGCAGAAGAACUAGAAGAGGAAUAAGAAGAAUGAGGGAGGAGAAGGAAAAGGAUGAGAAGAAGAAGAAGGAGAAAUAGGAAAAUCA